AUGGCCCCAGCGAAGGCCUACGAUUACAUCGUAAUUGGAGGUGGAAGUGGAGGUAGUGGAACAGCAAGGAGAGCUUCAGGAUGGUAUGGAGCAAAGACACUGAUCAUCCUCGACGGCCCGUCAGGAGGAUGUUGCGUCAACGUCGGAUGCGUUCCCAAAAAGAUCACAUGGAACUUCGCUUCCAUAUCGGAGAUGCUCCGUGAUGGCGUCCAUUACGGCUAUGAUAUCCCAGCACAUGUCCCUUACGAUUUUGCGGCAUUCAAGAAGAAGCGCGAUGCAGCUGUGGCGAGGAAUAGUGCUGCAUAUGACCGGAACUGGACCAAAGAAGGCAUCGAAGUCGUUCAUGGUACAGCGUCGUUUGUGGAUAGCAGGGAACUUGAAGUUGAACUGCAAGACGGCAGUGGCAAGGCUCGGUUUUCGGCUCCGCAUAUCUGCAUCGCGACAGGUUCUUACCCGAUACUUCCAACAAAUGUCGAGGGUGCGCACCAUGGGCUCACAAGUGAUGGGUUCUUUGACAUUGAAGUGCUUCCAAAGAAGAUGGCAAUCGUGGGAGCGGGCUACAUUGCCGUCGAAAUCGCAGGGAUGCUCAAUGCCGUUGGCGUUGAGGUUCACAUGUUCAUUAGGGGCUCGACGUUUUUACGCAAGUUUGAUCCGAUGAUUCAACAGACGUUAACAAAGCGGUAUGAAGACGCCGGGGUCAUCAUCCACAAGAACUUCGGUGGAUUUGCAAAGGUGGAAAGACUUGAUAACUGUCCCUCGAGUGGAACUCCACACGAAAGGAGAUGUGAGGGGCCGUCUCCGGACAAGAAGUUGAAGCUUAUAGCCAAUUCGGGUGAAGACUUCGAGGUCGGCGAGCUUCUCUGGGCUGUUGGUCGAGGCCCUGAAACGAAGAGCCUGGACCUAGAGACGAUCGGGGUCCAAGUCGCGAAGCACGGUCAUAUUAUCGUCGAUGAGUGGCAGAACACCAACGUCAAUGGAGUAUACGCACUUGGAGAUGUCACCGGUCAAAUGGAACUUACCCCUGUUGCCAUUGCAGCUGGCAGGCAACUUGGAAAUCGACUAUUUGGGCCGCCGCAUCUAAAGGAGUCAAAGUUGGAAUAUCAGAAUAUUCCUAGCGUCGUGUUCGCUCAUCCAGAGGUAGGCACCAUUGGUCUGACUGAACCAGAGGCAAGAGAAAGGUUCGGGGCCGACCAGAUAAAGGUAUACCACACGAAAUUCUCUGCCAUGUUUUACGACGUGUUCCCAGCAGAGGAGAAGGCGGAUAAGCCAACAGAGUAUAAGUUAGUUUGCGCGGGGCCGGAGGAGAAGGUGGUUGGUCUUCAUAUCCUCGGUUUGAACAGCGGAGAGAUGUUGCAAGGCUUUGGCGUUGCACUCAAGAUGGGCGCAACCAAGAAAGACUUUGAUCGAUGUGUAGCAAUCCAUCCCACCAGCGCCGAGGAAAUCGUCACGAUAAAAUGA